CAUCGGCAACGUAUUUGGGCUAAUUCUUCACGCAUAUCCUAGACCUGCACAUUCUCAAUCAAAACAAACGAUCGCAAGUUUUUUUUUCUCGGUCGAGAAUUUGACUGAAGCGAAUACGGAAGAGUGGGAGUGAACUGAAACAACUGAGAAGAAAUAUAGAUGAACCCACAUCACAUGUUGUGGUGGCUUCCACAGACCGCAAGGACUGGUCUUUUUCUUCUUCUACGGGGAAGCGAAAACAGUGAGUUACUACAGAGACAGAGCUGAGGCGCAUAGACGGAAGGAAAGUUACGGGGAGGAGGCAGCAGAUUAUAUAGGUUUUGGUGUGGCGAACCUGGUGGUGAGGCCGUGGUCUGGGUUUAUGGGGAAUUAAAGGAAUGCCUCCAGGAUUUUAAAUUUUUCCUUUUGUUGUUUUCUCCCUCUAUUUACUAUUUAGCCAUUAUUUGUCCAUUAAACAAAAAAAAAAGAGUUGAUCUCUUGGUUGUUUGGUGAGUCUGGAAGUGGAGAUGUCUUGGUCUUCCACCGCUCACAGAAGAUCAACGGCUACAGUAGCGGACAACCCGCCCCCUCUCCGGCCGCGCCGCCCUGGACUCGAUCCGGCUCCGAAUCCACGACCUAUAUUCCAGGUUCUUGCUUUUGGACUCAUAGUAGCCUUCGGGUUGCUGCAGCUCCGACCCGUCACCCAUGUCCGUGACCCCUCCGAUCCUUUUAGGAAAUGGGUGCAAUUCCAACCCAAUUCUUCUUCCUCUCCGUUAACUUCCAGAUUCAUCAAGAGUGAUGAGAGAGAGGAUGGGAUGGUGCAUAUUGUGUCAUGGAUGGAAACUUUAGACCUUCGACUGCUUGCCGUUCUUGCUAACUCAACUCUCUCAAGUUCAAGAUAUCCAGAUCUGGUUUCCUUUCAUUUCUUUAUCCCUCAAGGGAAUGAAGAUAAAGUAUCUUUUUAUAAGUUGAAAGUAUUGUUUCCACAUUCAAACCUUGAAAUUCGUGGGCAGGAGGAAGUUAAAGAGAGAGUUAGAAGUGCAAUUUCUGGGACGCAUUAUGAUGUAUCCGAUUUUGAGGAAGUAGUGCCUUUCAUUAUGCACGAUGUCCUCCAGUCCUUGGGCAAGUUCAUAUAUGUGUCUCCAAAUGUGAUUGUCAAGGGUAAAGUUGAGCAACUUAUCGGGGUUGACUUAGGCCACCAUGCUAUUGCAGCAGCUGAAGAUUGCUCGAAAAGAUUAAAUUCAUAUUUUAAUCUAGAUGUGUUGAAUGCUAUUCAGAGAUCAGCUGCAAUGCCUUGGGUUUCUGAGACACCUUACAUAAAGAGCUCCUGUCUGCCCGAUCUAAAUGUGCUUUUGAUUGAUGCAAGCAGACUGGAAAAGAAUUUCAUUCCGGCUGUUCUAUGGUGGAGUAAAGUUCUGAAUUUGAAUGGAAGUUUAAUGUUUACAAAAGACGUUGGGAGAGAGCAACUUUCUAACUUCCCAUGGCUUAUUGACGCAAGCAGGACAAUAAAACCAGUCAUUGCACUGGCACUUUACAGCAGAUAUCUCAAGCUUCCUGCUUCUUGGUUGGUCAAGGAUCCAUCAUCAUCAGAGUUUAAUAAGAGCAUGGCAAUCCGCUAUGCUAGACCCAAGGUUGUGUUUGGUGAUUCUGGUAGCGAUGCCACCUUACAGUCCGAUCACGGUAAUUUCUGGUCUCAGUUCCUUCCUCCAUUGUCAGAAAGAAUAUUGAGCGGGUAAAGUUUUCACUUCAGUCCAUAAUGAAAAAAAGAGAAGAAAGUGGACUAAUACGUAGCUUCACACGAAUUCCUUCAUUUGGGUUUUUCGAUAUUUUAGUUGUUUCGAGCAUGAAUUACAAAAGUGAUGUCCAGCAAUAUAAUUCAAAAAAAGAAAGUUUUUGAAC